AUGGAUGACGAACUCCAGGAAGUGUCCCUCCCAAUCACGGCCGAAGCCUCCAAUGCCCGGCCCGUGUGCGGAAUCUGUGGAGGGAGGCAGGCUGCCGACCACCCACCUGGCGAGGCCUGUAUCGUGGUUCGGGGCGUAUCUACCGAUCCUCUUCUGGCUGCAAUGCGUCGGAAAGGCUUCUGCACGAUGCCACCGCUGCAUCCUGAGCUACCACACCAGGUCUCCAGUGAGGUCGACGCGAUCAGUGCGGCAGUCCGCGAGGGGCGUGCAGACCAGGCCACUGAGUGGCUAGCACCCAUUCACGAAGCGCGCUUCCGACAUGACGUGAAGCUGCCCCUGACUGCUGCCGUAGUGCAGCUUCUGAACUCCGUGAUCCAAGAGUACGGCUGGCUGUUCCGAGCAUUUGUCGGGGACACCGCGAAGCUUAUCGAACUCGGCGCUAUCGUCGCUUUCCCAGGUGCUCCCCCACAGCCUUGGCAUUCGGACGUGGACUUCGACGACGGAGACCGCGCUGACAUCCUACAGGCCUUCGUCGCGCUCCAGGAUAUCUCAGAGACACAUGGGCCGACCCAGGUGCUGGUGGGCUCCCACACGCGCGGCUUCCACCGCUCGUGGCAGGAGGCCAAGCCGGACCCGGAUGAGCUCGAGAGGGAAUCGUUGACGCUGGAAGCGGGGGCAUUGGCGGUUAUGGCCGGCCAUGCGUACCAUAGGGGCGCCGAGAACACGUCUGCUGUGCCGCGCCGGCUGCUGCACUUUGCAUUCAUGGCUGCAGGCCCGCCUCCCGUUGGCUUCACCUACCACUUGGUAAACGAAUUGGUCCAGUCACCGGUGACGCUGGAUCAGUUCCCUCUGGAUCUUGGGUCGCCCUGCAGCUUCCCGCAACACGAGAGCACCAGCUUCACCGCCAGGACUCAGAUCCAGCGCACCUCCUCCCUGCCGGUCUUGCGGGAGCCGUUUCGCGCUUCGAGCGUCGAUGCAGAUGGAGACUUGGACCUUAGCCCUCCGCCGUCGGAGACAUCAGCGCGGAUUUGCGUCGAGAUGGAGAUCAAGCUGCGCCACCCUGGUGGGACCUGGCUGACGUCAGAUGUCGAAACUACACUGCCCGCCGGGCUGAGCCUUUGGGCUUGCGACGUGCGCUUGGCCGAUGUCCUCCUGGCAAGGCCGACGUUGGCACAAGGCCGUGUGGUCUUGGACCUGGGUUGUGGCUGUGCCUUGCCGUCGAUCGCCGCGGCUCGCGUCGCCAAGCGCGUCUUCGCCGCGGACGCCGAGGACGCGGUGCUGCGGAACGCGGCUGUCAACCUGCGCCGGAAUGGAGCUGGCGCCGUGCUGUUGCGACACUGGCAAGGAGGGAGCUUUUCGGAGUACAGCUGGCGUCGGAAGGACAUUCGCGAUCUCCGUCGCGUCGCGCUGCUUCUCUGCUCAGACCCCCUUCGCUCAGAGGGUUCGGCAGAGUGCUUCAUGCAGACCCUCCUGACGAUUUCUAGGUGGUUCCGAACGCCUGCGCAGUUCCAGCUUGGAAGACGCCGAAGCGUGAGGCUGCUCAUAGCCGUAGAGCUCCGGCGUUACUUUUGCAUGGCCACCCUGCGGGAAGAAGUUCUUGAGCUGCCCCGCUUCCGCGCGCUGUGCCGACGGAGGGGCUUCUCGUGCAAACGCCUGGCUGCGGCUUCGUUGCCGACACAUCUCGCUGUCCCGCGGCCGCGCAAUGUUGCGAUCUUCUCUGUUCGGUUGGGCCGCCGCUCUUCCAUCGCACACAGGAAGAGGAGGAGGCGGGCACAGGCCAGAUGUGGAGUGUGCGGCGGAGAGGAACGGGAGGCUGAGAUGGAUGAGAUCCCGAGCCAAAGCAGCGAAGUUCCGCCGGUGAGGUGA